AUGGAAAGUAUCAGCGCCGCUGUACAAGGUUUGUCCCUAACGUACGAUCUUUACGGACUUCUUGUGAUGGCUGACAAUAAAUUGGUAAACUCGAGUUAUGACUUUUUCAAUGAUACGGAAGACGGAGUCACAUUGGAACAUAGCUUUACCGCCGACUUCAUUCGCAGAGAAAUCGAAUUCAUCAAGGAAUUUCGGAGACAGGUGGAGACCGAAAUCAGCGAAGCUGAGCUUCAAGAGCAAAGAGAAAACCACGUCAACGCCUUCGUCCAGGCUAAAGACGGAAUCGAGCAUUUCCACCGUGAAUUCAAACAAUAUUACACGGAGAUCAAGGGACAUACCCGUAACCUGAGCGAGAGCAUUCAUUGCAUCAAGGAAGAACUCCGCCGUGAUUUCAAGCAAUGUUUCGCCGAAAUCAAUAAACGAAUUACUAAUCAGAGCGAGAACAUCAAUUGCAUGAGGGAAGAUCUACACCGCGAAUUCGGGCAAUGUUAUAAGGAAAUAAAGGAACAGAUUCGUGGCCAAAAUGACGACAUUCACAACAUGAAGGGAAACAUCGAUUGA